GCGGGCACCGAGUCGUCUGGCAAGACUGCGGGCACCGAGUCACCAGGUAUGACAGCGGGCACUGGGUCACCAGGCAUUGGAUCGUCUGGCUCGACAGCGGGCAUCGGGUCACCAUGUAUGACAGCGGGCACUGGGUCACCAGGCAUCAGGUCAUUUAGCUCGCCAGCGGGCACCGCGUCAUCUGGCACGGCAGUGGGCACCGAGUCACCAGGCACGACAGUGGACUCUGACUCAAUUGGCACGACACGGGCACCGGGUCAUCAGGGACCGGAUUGUCUGGCUCGACAGCGGGCAUCGGGUCACCAGGCAUCAGGUCAUUUGGCUCGCCAGCGGGCACCGCGUCAUCUGGCAAGGCAGUGGGCACCGAGUCACCAGGUACGACAGCGGGCUCUGAGUCAAUUGGCACGACAGCGGGCACCGGAUCAUCUGGAUCAACAGCGGGCAUCGAGUCAACUG